AUGGCCGAUCCAGAAUCGCAAUCAGCCGCUCCCCACAAACGCAAGCGUGACUCCUUCGAUGAGGAUACCACGGCUGCGAAGAAGACCUUGACGACGACAAGGAAAGCAGACGCUACACCAGCAGAAAAAGCAUUUGCCACCUCGAAGAUCUCCUUGAGGAGUCAAAAGCCUUACCAGGUGGGCCUCCUCGAGGAGAUGAAAGCCUUGCCAGAAAGCGGUGAACGCAGCGCGAACAUCAAAGACCUCGAAGAGACGAGAGCCUUGCCAGAGAGCGGUGAACGCAGCGCGAACAUCAAAGACCUCGAGGAGCCCGCCAACGCCUUGGACUUGCACGAUCCUUUUUCUUUACAUAUCGACGAAUCUGGUGUUGACUCUUCGACAGCUGCUGCAAAUAUCAAAAGUCUAUCUGUCGAGGACAUGUCUACGUUCCCAGAGUCUCCAAGCUCUAUCCAUGAAGUUGCCAAUUCAGAUUCGCCUUCAGUCGCUUCCCACAAGCGCAAGCGUGAACCUUCUGAGAAAUCAACCACUUCCCGCAAUCUCGAGGAGUCUACAAACAGCAUCGGUCAUCUCGAAGAUCUCCUCGAGGAGAUGAAAGCAUCGCCAGAAAGUAAUGAACGCGCCGCGAGCAUCAAAGAUCUCGAAGACUUUACCAAAGCCUUAGACUCGUACGACUAUGAGAGAUACGAGAUGUGUAUCGACCAAAACGACCUCGAGGACAUCAUAGAAAUGGCCGAGGGCGAGCAGUUCGUCGAGAAGCUGACAAGGGAUGAUCUGAAAUGCGCAGAAUCUAAACCGCCAAAGAAUGAGGACGUCGCGCAUGCUCUAUCUUACUUCAUGGGCCCGUCAGGUGGAGCAGAGGUCAAAAAGCUUGUGGCUGCAGUCGCAGAAUCCAAACCGCCAAAGAACGAGGAUGUCACGCGUGCUCUGUCUUACUUCAUGGGUCCAUCAGGUGAAGCAGAGGGAAAGAAGCUUGUCGCUGCAGUUACCAACACGGUGUCAGCUCUUGGAGAGAGUGAUGACGAGGAUAUUCUCAAAUGCAAUGCUGAGCCUGUGAUCAUCGAUCUGAUCAUCAACUAG